GACGACCGCUCGCCGUGGUCGCACAAACUCGAGCCCCGCGCGUCGUGCCAGUCAUCCGCGUCAUUCCGUUCCGUCAUCGCCAUAUUUUGCUGUUUCGCGCCCAUUUCCUCUCGAUCCCUGUUGUAUCCGCCACCCAUCAGUGACGACGUUUUACGCCUGACAGAAUUAUAUUAAUAUAAAAAUAUACACGCCCGCGCGUGUAUGAUAACUGUUGUGCCGCGUGUUUCGUUUUUUAUUUUUGUUUAUCAUUUCGUUUUUUCGUAUUACGCUCAAGUGCGCAACAAAACCGUUUUACCGGCAACCGCAGUGGUGCACUCCUGCCCACCCUUUUUCACAUCAUCGUCUCGUAUGACCCGAUAGCUGCUGAUUGCUGCGAUGAUGCAGGACGACGACGAUGACGACCGCGGUCGACGACGUGACCGUCUCCGUCACUAAAAGACCCACAUGAAGAAUAUAAAAUAAAAAAUGUAUACGUUGUCACCCAAAAAAGCAAAAAUCCUUUCCAUACCUGCAGUGAUAACUCAGUUAUUAUAAAAUUGCAGAUAUUAUGUGGGCGCGCGAAAUGUAGGCGUCGGGCGAGCUAGCAUGCGGAGCGCCAGCACAGUGAGCGGCCCUCUACUGUCUGUUUCAACGCCUGCCAGCCAACAAAACCGGUUCGCUGCCGUCCACCUGCUCACUGGCCAAUUAUUGUAUUUCAUUGUCGAGGGUAAAUCUCGGGUGAAAGAAGUCUUCUCACAGCUUACGACUUACAUGAUUGCUCAAGGAAUGCAAGACGUCGAACUGUUCGCAUUGGCAUUUAUUCUAGACGAAGAAUAUUUUUUCACUGACCCUGAAAGUAAACUGUCUAAGUAUUCGCCAAAAAGUUGGAAAUCAUCUUCGACACAUGGUCUCGAUCAAAACGGCCAACCUCUACUCCAGUUGCAUUUACGCGUCAAGUUUUACGUCGACACUACUAAAUCUCUACGCGAUGACAUCACCCGGCAACACUAUUAUCUUCAGCUGCGUAAAAAUGUCGCGGAAAGGGGUGGCUCCACGGAAGACGACCAGAACGUAUUGUCGCUGGUGGCACUCGGCCUGCAGGCGGACCUCGGCGAUCACACGACUGACACGGACAUAUCGUCCGAGCUGCUCGAACAGUAUCUUCCAUCGAAGGUGUACAAGAUUAACGAGCACAAGGUGAAACAGACGUUGUGCACUCUGCACAAGGGCCAUAAAGGAAUGUCCAAGGUUUGUGCACAGACAAUGUUUCUCCAGGAAGCUGGUGUGGUGCAUAAGUCUCACCUAUACCGGUUGAGGUUGAACAAGUCGCAGCCAAAACAAACUCAGGGAUGCGCGCUGUCCAUAUGCAACAGCGUGUUUUUGGCCAUUUCUACCAACGGCGUGCAGAUGUUCCACGAAAGUUUAUCGCAAGCACUCACUGGUUUAUUCUUGUGGAACACCAUCGUCAAGCUGUGUUUUGACCGUAAAAAAUUCGAACUGAGGCCAUCGAACACUGAUCGAUUGGUGUACUACACGAAUUCGGACGAAAAGAGCAAGAGGCUGUUGGCGCUGUGUCGAGACACGCAUCAAUUUUGCAUGACGGUACAUCCGAGGCUUUUGGAUACGUUUUUGAACAACAACUCAUCUGAUAAGAACGCGUUUGAUGGGCUGAAAUGGACCAAUGAGAAGAAAUCAAAAUCGAAAAAAAACGAUGACGUCAUCGAAAAGAAAAAAUGCGAGAACGGCGGUUGCUCCGAUUCUAGUAUUUCGACGUCCGACCCGAAGACCUCUAUUCCCAAGGACAAGGUACCAAAUGGAAGCAUAUCAUCCAGCGUGGAGCUGGGUUACAGUCACACGGCGCAGAAUUCAGCCAUGUCUGAGCUGGACUAUUCGGUGCAGUCAGCGCAGGACAGCAGCGACGCAUAUCUGAUGUACAGGCAUCCGAGGGCCAGGGCGGCGUACGUGGACAACAGCAAUCAAUCGGCGAACACUAGCAGCGGCGUGUACACGUGCGCCAGCUACAGCACAGCGUCCAAAGACACGGCUUCCGCUUCAUACACCACCGAUAACUGCAGUUGCAGCGUGGACUGCAACCAUGGCGGCAGCGGCAGUUACAAAGCCACGACGGCCGCGGCCGCCAUGCAAAAAUCGUCCAUGACACAGCAACCGGAUGCCGACUCAGCGUACAGCGCUUCACUGCCGCCGGACACGGUGGCAGCAUCGUCCACGUCAGCGGACGAGGAAGGGCGUCCGGUGGGCCUCGGUAAGCAGGUCGCAGCGGUCGACGACUGCGACGGCGGUUGUGGCGGUGCGGACGAGUUGUACGACCUKUCAGCCGCGGCUACCAGCGACAGUUCGUAUUGCAUCGGUGGCGCCACGACCGCCACGACCAUCUCCGACGCAGCCCUGUCGUCCGUGUCAUCGUCCAAAUGCGGUGAAACUGGUUGCGGUAACCGGUGCGCGUUGGACGGUUACGCGGACGCUGGUGGUGUGGCGACCGGCGGCCGCAGCCGCAGUGGUUCGGUGGUCAGCAACUCUGGCAGUUUCCGCGGCGACGGCAGCGACCCUUCCGAGGGUGGGCGCGGUGCGCUUCUGUCCGCCGUCGAGCUGUCCGACCUGAUCGUCGGCCGCAAAUCGCUGCAGACGCCCCGUAAGGGUUUCUACCCGUCCCGGCCGACCACCAGUUCGACGCUGGACUCAGAUUCAGAUUACGUGACGUUGCCUCCGCCGAUGAACUUUGUUACCGGCGCCCCGUCCCUGUCUAACCUAUCACUGGCCAACUUUGACUGUGGCACCGGCACUGCGGCCGCCCACUGGGACGUCCGCCGGUCGCUCGAUCUACUGUCUAAUGUGGUCAAGUUCUGCGGCGGCCAUCACCAUCACCAUCACCAUCACCAGUGCGUGCAGGUCAACAGUAACAAUUACCUGGACGUGCACAAGAGCGGCGCCGCGUUCUACCACCACAUCUACCCGGCAGCCGCCUCCGUCGCAUCGGUAGCACCGCCGCUGCUGCACGCUCGACAGCCACCGCCGCCCCCGCCACCACCUCGGCCCAAGCGGUUCGACUUGCAACUGGAACAGUACAAACAGCAACUCCGGUCCGAUGUCGACUUUGUCGUGUAUCCGCUCCAAGACCCAGCGGUCAGCCGCCAAGAGUACGUGGACGCCAAGCUGGCCCGCGGCCGUCGGAACCAAUACCACAGGUACUACGGCCGCGACCCACCGUCGUACCAGGCCAACGCGCACCUGUACCGAAGCACGCCGAACGUGGCUGUCGCAGUGUCACCGCCCCCGCCACCGCCGUCAUCGUCGUCCGCGUCAUCGUCGUCGCUGUCCCACCGCCACCAUCACCACCAUCACCUACUCGGUCAGCAGCAGCAACAGCCACCGCCGCUGCCUCCGUUGCCGCCACACUUGAAAUACGCGUCCAAUCAAAACUUGCUGUUCCCGGGCACCGUGGCCGCGGCCGCCGACUACGCCGCAGCGCAACACCAUCACCACCACCAUCACAGGCUGCAGCCGUUGCCGCUGCCCGUCCGAACGUACUCUCACGAUGACUUAUUGGCGGCCAGCACGUCGGCACCGGCCGUUCCCCCGAAAGUGCAGCUGUUCCGUAGACGGCCGCCACCACCGCCACCGCCGGUGACCGGACUCCAGAAGCCCGCGGCUGUUGUCAAUCCUCGUCGACCCGCCGCCGCCGCCGCCGCCACCACCACCAACAGUGCCACCAACACCACCACCACCACCACCGCCAAUGACGCCACCACUCCGAACGGGUCCACGACGGUGUUGGACAUCGUGUCAUUGCGGGAGAAAAGCCGCAACCUGGACUUGCCUCUCAUAUCGGCUCUGUGCAACGACCAGACGCUGCUCAAACAAACAAACGCGCUGGUCACCGAAAACAAGGCCACGCAAACGGCGGCCACCCCUUCGUCGUCGCUCUCCGCCGCUACGGCCGUCGCGUCGUCUCUGUACAGACCACUGCCGCCGCUGUCUUUGUCGUCGUACCACCCACCGCCGCCACUGCCAUCGUCUACUGCACCGGAACAGACGCCGCAGGGUGGCGYCGCGUCCGCCAACAAGCCGAACUGCACGAGGUGCACCAAUGGUACGUCGUCGUAUUCUUCGCCACCGCCGCCGAGUUUUAUGUCCACUUCGGCGUCGCCUUCUGCCGUAGCCACCGCCGGCGCCGUUAAAACGGCCAAAUCAAAAACCAUCAACCACGUCAAGACCAACACGAACAUUAAUUAGUAAUAUUAUAAUUUAAAAACUGACAAAAUCUUUUUCUUUUUUUUUUGUUUAAUUUACAUUUUCGUACAAGCGAGAAGAACAGUGUGCGAGUAACGCUUUAUUUUCUGACGGAAAAAAAACCCGAAAUCCUCACUCGGUGGGCGGGGUUAGAGCAUGAUUAUCCCGUGAACAUUAUCGAUUAUCCUAAAAGUCUGCCUGUCGUUCGCGAACCGAUUUCGAAAAUUUCGAAUUAAAAAGUUGGACGAAACCGUCCGUUCUUGGGUUAGUUAUUCGUUUUGAUAAAUCGGAGUUAUUAAGCUAUACCUAUUUCAUUGGCUCGAUUAUCCAACUUUGGUUUUGUAAUACUCAAAGACCAUAUAGAGCCAUAGAGGUCAGUCAAAGGUGUAACCCGGUUACUUUUUUACUCGGACGUCCGUCACUCGCUUAAUAUUUUAGUAUCGUUACCUUAAAAUAUCAUUAUUUAUUUGUGCCAAUUUUACUCUUAUAUAAUUAUGUGUAUACUACUCGAAUGGUAAGAUUACUUAUUUAUUUAUUUUUAUUUUAACACUCGUUACACAACCAUAACAUAAUUAUGCGAAUUUUAGACGCAUACGAUAAAUUAUAUUUUAUAUAUUAUAUUGUUAUGAAAAACUAUCAGGACUUGUUCGAAUUCGGAGCACAAGUCACCGAUUAGUACAUAAUUUGUAUGAUUAAUAAGCUCGGGCCAAUUUUUUUUCUCGAAAAAUGGCUUACUCAAAAUUAUUAGGAUUACCAUGAAAUAUAUUAAUAUUAUGUAUGACCGAGUCAAAUUUUUUAUUUAUUUUUUGUAACGGCCUUUCACGAAUUGAU